AUGAUCAUGAGCUCGUAUUUGAUGGACUCUAACUACAUCGAUCCGAAAUUUCCUCCAUGCGAAGAAUAUUCGCAAAAUAGCUACAUCCCUGAACACAGUCCGGAAUAUUACGGCCGGACCAGGGAAUCGGGAUUCCAGCAUCACCACCAGGAGCUGUACCCACCACCGCCUCCGCGCCCUAGCUACCCCGAGCGCCAGUAUAGCUGCACCAGUCUCCAGGGGCCGGGCAAUUCGAGAGGCCACGGGCCGGCCCAGGGGGGCCACCACCACCCCGAGAAAUCACAGCCGCUCUGCGAGCCGGCGCCUCUUUCAGGCGCCUCCGCCUCCCCGUCCCCAGCCCCGCCAGCCUGCAGCCAGCCAGCCCCUGACCACCCCUCCAGCGCUGCCAGCAAGCAACCCAUAGUCUACCCAUGGAUGAAAAAAAUCCACGUUAGCACGGUGAACCCCAAUUACAACGGAGGGGAGCCCAAGCGCUCGAGGACAGCCUACACCCGCCAGCAAGUCCUAGAAUUAGAGAAAGAGUUUCAUUACAAUCGCUACCUGACCCGGAGGAGAAGGAUCGAGAUCGCCCACUCGCUGUGCCUCUCUGAGAGGCAGAUCAAAAUCUGGUUCCAAAACCGUCGCAUGAAAUGGAAGAAGGACCACCGACUCCCCAACACCAAAGUCAGGUCAGCGCCCCCGGCCGGCGCUGCGGCCAGCACCCUGUCGGCAGCCACCCCGGGCACUUCUGAAGACCACUCCCAGAGCACGCCGCCGGAGCCGCAGCGGGCAGAGGACAUUACCAGGUUAUAAAACAUAACUCACACCCUACCCCACCCCGCGCCCCCUUCCUCUCCUCACACACAAAUUGACUCUUAUUUAUAGAAUUUAAUAUAUAUAUAUAUUUUGGUUCUUUUCGCUCUUCCUGCCACCUUCUCCCUUGUCAAUUCCAAACAGACAAAACAGAUAAACAGAACAAGCCCCCUGCCCUUCUCUCCCUCCCACUGUUAAGGACCCUUGUAAGCAUGUGAUGUUGUCUUAGCAUGAUACCUGCUGGGGUUAUUUUUUUUUGUUCUAAAAGGCCAUUUUGGGGGGUUAUUUAUUUUUUAAGGAAAAAGAAAAGCUGCAAAAAUUAUAUAUUGCAAGGUGCGAUGGGCUGGUUUGGGUGAAUUUCAGGGGAAAUGAGGACAAGAAAAAAGAAAAGAGAUUUUUAAGCCAAUUCGCCUCCUCCUCCUCCUCCUCCUCCUCCUGCCUCCUCCUCCUCCUCCUCCUCCUCCUCCUCCUUCUCCUCCUCCUCCUUUCCCCCUCUUUCCUUAGGCCUUUUUGCAUUGAAAAUGCACCAGGGGAGGUUAGUGAGGGGGAAGUCAUUUUAAGGAGAACAAAGCUAUGAAGUUCUUUUGUAUUAUUGUUUGGGGGGGUGCUGGGAGGAGGGGGGACGACUGCAGACAAAGCUAAAUGCAUCUAGAGAGCCUCUCAGAACUGUUCAGUUUGGGGAGCCAAAAGAAAAUAAAAAUGAACUUUCAGUUCUGAGAGGCAGUCUAUAGGUAAAAUCUCCCUCUCCCCACCUCCUUGCACCCCCAUCGUGGUUAUUGUGUUUUUGGACUGAAUUUACUUGAUUAUUGUAAAACUUGCAAUAAAGAAUUUUAGUGUCGAUGUGAAA